CAUGUGCCAAACUACGCCCUUGCUUACCCUGGACACCCUGCACCUACACCGCGUGCCCCUCCCCUUCAACAAGGGUUAUGGGCUGGCAUUUCUGCGGGACACCCCACUCGCCCGCUCACCCAACACCCUUGACACCCAUCACCUGCCCUUUUCGCGGCGUAUGCCCCUCCCCUUCACCAAGGGACGUGGGCUGGCUCUUCUUCGACGAUGCCGACUCCCAUCCCGCCACCCCCAACUCCUCAUGCUACGUUGGCGUCGCCGACCUCCCACCGCAUCUACCACCCUCGCCGAUAUGCCACGACACGUCUCCCAUCAUCGCCCGCCCAUCAUCACCCAAUCCUCCAGUAACACAGCCCUCGGACCCCCGAUCUCGACGGUUGGAGCUCUUUGGUUGCGCGGCACACCUUCCAGCAUGCCCCAGCCAUUCCAACCAGCUGUCCAUAACGGCAAUCAGGACGACACGCCCCCCCUUCCCAAUCUCCUCUCUCACACUCGACCUCCGCAUCUGCCCAGCCCGCUCUCACCUGCCAUUUGUCGACCAGGAUG